UCCUCCCGCCCGAGGCAGUCGAGCUCCGCGCCGGGGGCGGGAGGGGGCGGGGAGCGCGGCAGCUCUGGAGAGUUGGGGGCGAUGGCGAAGCUCAGGGUGGCUUACGAGUACACGGAAGCCGAAGACAAGAGCAUCCGGCUCGGCUUGUUCCUCAUCAUCUCCGGCGUCGUGUCGCUCUUCAUCUUUGGCUUCUGCUGGCUCAGUCCCGCGCUGCAGGAUCUGCAAGCCACAGCGGCCAACUGCACGGUGCUGUCGGUGCAGCAGAUCGGCGAGGUGUUCGAGUGCACCUUCACCUGUGGCACGGACUGCAGGGGCACCUCGCAGUACCCCUGCGUCCAGGUGUACGUGAACAACUCCGAGUCCAACUCCAGGGCGCUGCUACACAGCGACCAGCACCAGCUCCUGACCAACCCCAAGUGUUCCUAUAUCCCGCCCUGUAAGCGCGAGGACCAGAAGAACUUGGAAAGCGUCAUGAGCUGGCAACAGUACUGGAAAGAUGAGAUCGGUUCCCAGCCAUUCACGUGCUAUUUUAAUCAGCAUCAGAGACCGGAGGAUGUUCUGUUGCACCGCACGCAUGACGAGAUUGUCCUCCUGCACUGUUUCCUCUGGCCAGUGGUGACAUUUGUGGUGGGUGUCCUCAUUGUGGUCCUGACCAUCUGUGCCAAGAGCCUGGCGGUCAAGGCGGAAGCCAUGAAGAAGCGGAAGUUCUCCUAACGGGGAGCAAGACUGUGGGAAGCCAAGCACGGAGGCUGCCCCGUCGUCGGCACUGGCCUACCC